AUGGAAGACCAUGUAGAUGAACCCAAAGAGAAUAGUAGGGCAGUUAAUUCCGGUGCAAACAAAACUGUGUACAGGAGCGCUAAUUAUAAUGAUGGCUCCAUUCGGGAAAAUGGCUUGCGAGUUGCUAACGGUGUUAAACCCAAAGUGCUUUAUCCACUAAGUGGUAGGUCAGAGUCGACUGACCCCGGUUUUAACAGCGAAGAUGAAACAGGUGAGAUCACUGCGGCCACACUUCUCUCCCCUGAAGAUUUUGACUCGCGAGCCGACGAUAUUAUAGCGAGAGUGAAAGGGGAUUUGAAGCUCUCCACCAAAUACUCAAUUGGGGACUUCAAUAACAUAUCAAAUGCAGCAAGUUUUGUGGCCAUGAAGAGUUCCCCGUCCAAAGAGGCUGAUGUUAGUGAGAACAGCCUUGCCAGCCAUGUUUGCCCUACUUGUGAAAAACUAAUGAUGCCCCCCAGUUCUAGCGCCAUGCUGCUCAUCCCGUGCGGUCACACCCUGUGCACGAAUUGCAGCCUUCGCACCAAGUAUUGCGCAAUGUGCGGAUGUGCCGUGCAGCCCACUACCCCGAACAUCAUGCUGCAACAGACCAUCACCAACUUCCACACUAAACAGACACAAAGACAGACAACCACUACAUCCAUUUGCACGAUACCGUAUAAAGAACUCCGUAGAAGAAUACCAGAAUCUCCUAACAAGACGAGAUAUUCUUUAGGAGGAAGCAGAAAAUAUCACUUCCGUAACAGAAGACCUCUCCCAUCAGUUGAAGCGUGAACGAAAAGAGGUGUACAGCAUUGAGAGCAAGGAAAAGCUUGUGGAAGCUGAAAUCUCAAAGCUUCAACAACAACUAGAGCAACUGGCCAGUCAUCGGAUGGAGUACGAGAGAAAGUGUGAUGAGAUAGAGAUACAGUCAAAAGAGGAAACCAACCGACUGAACCUCGUUAAAGACUCGCUGUCAUCUGUUCAGCUUUAAAUAGACAAGGUGAAACUUCCAGCCGGCCACUGAGGCAAAACAAGAAGAAAAAGGAGUUGCUAAGUAAGGAAACGCAUGAUGUCAAUAUCUACUGAGAGGAUACAACAGUUCCUUCCCCUGAUCAAUCACUAGAGUUACCUUCCCUGGUUGUUACAACGAUCCCAAUAGAUCACUUGAAAUUCUUGAAUGUAACAUCAACCAUUUCCGUGAAAACUUUGCCAAGCAAAAUGUUACUUGGUAGCAUGAAAGAAGACAAUUGAUUUUAAAACCUUAAAGGGAUCUUUUCACGCUUUGGUAAAUUGACAAAAUUAAAAAAAUUGUUUCAGAUUCGUAAGUUUUCGUUUUAGUUAUGAUAUUUGUGAGGAAACAGUAAUACUGAACAUUAACCAUGCUCUAAUAUAGCCAUUAUAUGCAUCUUUUGACGAUUUUAAAACCUACAAAUUAUAAAGCGUUGCAACGCGAAACGAUUGAAUAAUUUGGAGAGUUCUGUUUUUGUCGUUAAAUUUUGUGAAACUACGAAGAUUGCUUAUAUGAGG